GGAGCACCGAGUAGCUUUUCUUCGCCCUACACCUCCUCUGGAGUGGCCGCAUGCAGAGCAGGUCAUCUGAAAACCUUGACAAGUCACCAUCCUGUAUACGUGGGUUCCAACCGGAUCGCAGUCCUUAACUCGUCUUGAGCCGAGAUGUCACUCCAUAGCGCGGCAGACGUGCCUCUCCUUAUCAGUUCGCCCAACUCGUCUUCAGAGCGCCGCAUUUCUCCGUCCUGGAGCAUUGCCCAUCUCAAGUCGCGUCUGGAGCCCAUCACUGGUGUUCCAGCAGGAAGCCAGCAACUGACUUUGCGGGUUGGGUCUCAAGAUGCUGUCUCCAUCACUGCAGCAGAUGAGGAGCAGGCAACCCUAGCUUUGUUCCCGCUGCAGCCAUAUGCCCAAAUAACCGUCGUUGACACUCGUCCACCUGCUGCCCGUACGGAUUUCUCCGAUCUAUCGUCCGUUCCCAAAUAUGAGAUGCCAACGACUGAGUAUGAGACACGGACUGACAGCGUUCUGGCUUGGAAGAAGGCCCAGGGGCUUGGCCGUUUCGAUCCAAACGCUCCGAGCAUCGAGCAGCAAAAGAUACAGGCCUCGGAACGUGAAGUAGAGGAGAGAGGUCUGGCGCUUUCUUCCCGUGUUCGGCUUCUGCCAGUAUCAGAUGCCCGAAGGGGCACAGUGUCCUUCAUCGGCCUUGUUCCUGAAAUCCCAGGUAUCGGUGUCUGGGUCGGAGUUACCCUCGACGAGCCUACAGGCAAGAACAAUGGCUCAGUAAAGGGCAAGAAAUAUUUCGAGUGCGGAACCAACUACGGCGUCUUCGUUCGUCCUGAGCGGUGCGAAGCAGGAGACUUCCCAGCUCUCGAUAUGGGCGACGAAGAUAUGGAAGAGUUGUGAGCACGCUUUUGGAGUUCUCCGAGGCGGGCGAAGCCUGCACGGUGGGGCCAAUACGUACACACCCAACGACAUUUCGACUGCCUCAUCGUAGCUUUUAGUGACGAUACGUGAUAGCUAGCAAUUGCCAGGCUGAUCGAUUGAUAAGUCACUGAGAAUCAAACGCAGUAGAGUAUAACAUCAUGAUAAACAAUGUGGCUCUUCUGAAUUGACCUUAGUUCGUUC